CUGUCAUAUGACCUGACACUGAACACUCCUCUAUACACACACCGACACGGAGGCUGUGCUAUGCCAGCACUCAUCUAUUCAUCUAUGGGAUGACGUGACCGGGAUCAGCAAAUAUGAAUCGGCUGGGUGACCAGCAUGGAAGAAGGAUCAAUGCUGGAGUACUGGCCAGAUGUUGCUCUUGGGAAGCAGUACAAAGGAAAUUACCAUUCCUGUGCUGGUUACCAAACUAUUCUCUGCAAUGUCUACAACUUGAUAUCAUUGCUGGAUUUACAGUUGGACUUACAGUGGUUCCCCAGGCUCUUGCUUAUGCAGAGGUAGCUGGCCUACCUGUGGAGUUUGGGCUUUACUCUUCCUUUGUUGGAUGUUUUAUUUAUUGUCUGCUUGGAACAGCCAAAGAUGUAACCUUGGGUCCCACAGCCAUAAUGUCUCUCCUUGUGGCAGUCUACACAGCUGGUGACAAAUCAUUGGCUAUUUUGUUGGCAUUCCUCUCAGGCUGCAUUCAACUGGUAAUGGGGCUGUUCAAUUUUGGUUUCCUUUUGGAUUUCAUAUCCCAUCCUGUCAUCAAAGCCUUUACUUCAGCAGCAGCAGUUACUAUUGGAUUUAGCCAGGUUAAGAACCUUCUAGGUUUGAAAGAUAUUCCACGCCAAUUCGUUUUACAAGUCUAUGAAACUUUCCACAAACUUCCAUCAACCAGACUUGGGGAUGCCAUCCUAGGUUUUCUGUGCAUUGGUUUUCUUUUGGUGCUUAAGUGGAUGAAGGAUAAUUUCCCAAGAACAUAUAGAGGAAUGCCAAGAUGUUAUCGAUGCAGCUACAUCAUUAUUUGGAUGACUACAACAGCUCGAAAUGCGAUUGUGGUGGUGGCUGCUGGAUUGGUGGCCUACUCAUUUGAAGUGAUGGGAUUAUCUCCUUUUGUCCUUACUGGAAAGACUGCGGAAGGCCUCCCUCGCUUCCAUCUCCCCCCCUUCUCAGAGACUGCAGGAAAUCGCACUGUUCCUUUCAGGGAGAUGGCGCAGAACAUUGGAGCUGGGAUUAUCAUCAUUCCACUGAUGGGAGUACUGGAGAGUGUUGCCAUUGCUAGAGCUUUUGCAUCUCAGAAUAACUACAGAAUAAAUACCAACCAAGAGCUUCUGGCCAUUGGCCUUACAAAUAUCCUGGGCUCCUUCUUGUCCUCAUACCCCGUAACAGGUAGCUUUGGCAGGACAGCACUGAACUCUCAGACUGGAGUGUGUACCCCAGCUGGUGGCAUUCUUACAGGAUUUCUGGUUUUGCUUUCUCUUGGAUACCUCACUCCUCUCUUCUACUACAUUCCCAAAGCAGCUCUUGCUGCAGUCAUUAUCUGUGCUGUGGCCCCUGUGUUUGAUCUGAGAAUCUGCAAGGACCUAUGGAAAGUGAAACGGAUUGAUCUACUUCCCUUUCUGGCCACAUUUCUUUUAUCCUUCUGGGAAAUCCAGUAUGGAAUUAUCAUUGGUAUUGUGAUCUCACUGAUCAUCGUUUGUAUUCCAGUUGCACGGCCACAGAUCAAGGUUAUAGACACUGGUGGCUUAAAUAUGAUGAUAAUGAGUGGCCUGAGUUUUCCAGCCAUGGAAUAUCUCCGGGAUACUAUUCAUAAAAGCGCUUUUGAAGUUUCCCCACCAAGAUCGGUAAACCUUGAUUUCUCACACGUGAACGUACUGGAUUUUACUAUUGUCACAGGACUUGGAGAACUAAUUCAUGAGUUCCAGUGUCAGGGAUUGUCACUUUCUUUCUCGGGAUUGCAGCCUGAAGUACUUCAAAUUUUAUUGGCAGCAGAUUUGAAUGGAUUUAAACAUCUCCAGAGCAUGGGAUCAGGGGGACAGUAUGAAGAAGGAAGCACAGAGCCAUUGCUCCACAAUGCAAUUAAAACAUACUCCUAAUUCCAAAGAACGUUAAAUACUUGGUGAGUAUUAAAGUUUAUACCUUGUAAAAAGUGGCAGAGAAACCAUAAACAUAUAGAAGAUGACUUUUGCCGUAUCAGAAGAUACCUUGCAAAUAAAUCUGUAUACCAUCUCCAGGAGGCCAGAUUUCAUAAAGUAAUCGUGUGGAGCAACAGGUUCUUCUAAAAAGGAAAAGCUUUUGAUUGUGACAUUUACAGGACACUUAAAAAAAUGAAUGAAGAAUAUAUAAUUAAUUAAUAAUUAAUGAAUCUGUGCUUGGAUAUUUUUUUUUCCAUACCAUCUUCCAAUGACCACCACAUUGGUCAAUGAAUGCAGAGCAUUUUUCUAAUUCUGGUGCACGUUUUUGAGUGGGCUCAGAGUUCAUACAGUGGAAGCCAUUCUGCUUUAUUACAAUACUGGCAACAUCAGGAUCAUGCUAAUAGCACUUAUUGAUUAAAAUAUUUCUAAAAACUUG